CAGAAAGUUCAGUCAUUUUAUCAUCAUCAAAAAGAAAAAGAAAAUGCCCUCUCCAAUCUCCAAUCUCCUCCUCCGAUCCGCCGCCUGUGGUGGCCGGGAAUCACACCAACAACAACAACACCGCCGCCAUAUACAACCAUCCCAUAUCAAUAGAUCGAUGUGUGUUGUUUAAUUUGCAGAGGAGGAAAUAUAUAUAUAUAUGUGUGUGUUAUAACCGGUCUCCUAAUCCUCUUUGAUGCUCUUUGUUUGACACCAAACCAUACCACCAGUGGUGGUGGUAGUGGUGGUGGUUGUCAAACGGAGUAUCAGUGACGAUGACGGAGUCCGAUUUAUCGGAUUAAUAACUCAAUCUUUCAGGUAUGGAAGCUUAGUUUUGUAGAUUCCCAUAUAGCUUUGAUUUCCAUGUUUAUUUAGCUUUCAUUUGCAAUUAGGAUUUAGAUUUAUUAUUUAAUUAAAUAGCUGCAGGUGUAAUUUUAGUAAAUUAGUAACUAUGUCAAGGGUAAAAAUGAUUGUCAAUAUAAGUUGUAUUUUGUACAUAAUGUUAGCCAGCUAAGGCACAUACAUAUGUGUUCCUCCUUUGGCUAUUUUGGGAAAUAUUAGCUUUAUCUGAUCUGUGUCAUUGCUUUUUAUUUAUCAAAAUGUAUUUGCUUUGGAUUAAAAAGUUUAUUUGUUGGUAUUCUAUUUUCUCUUGGCCUGAUAGUAUAGUACAUAGUACACUGCUGUCAUUGUUUUAUAGGCUAGUGACAAAUUUUAGUAGAGGUUCAAAACCCUAUCAUCCCCAUAUAAAUAGAAUAGAAAGCAGCAUCAGCAUUUCUUAGUAAGUUCAAAAAAAAAAAAAAAAAGGGCAUUUCUUGUUUGAAGCUCAGGUAUUUCUUGUUCCUUUUUUUAAUGUAGUCGCUUAAUAAAUAAUGGGGUGUUUUGAAGCUUUUCCUAUUUUUGACCUAGAUAAUGGGGUUUUUUGACCUAGGGUCUUUUGAAGCUUAGUAGAUAAUGGGAGUUUUUUUUAGCUUGAUAAUGGCUUCUUUUGAAGCUUAAUAGCUAAUGGGGUUUUUUGACCUAGCUGUAACGGGGCCUUUUGAAGCUCUAUGGUAGGAAGACCUUAGUGGAUCUGAUAGAGUUGGAUAUGGUAGACUUUAAUGUUAUCUUAGGGAUGGAUUAGCUUCAUGAAUGCUAUGCAUCUCCCACCCCCCACAGAUGAAGAAGCGCCCAGAGAGGAGAAGAAGUGAUGGGGUCUCAAUUGCAACAAUCCCCCUCACUUCUUCCCCUCUCACUUCUUCUGCUGUGGUGGACACCACAUCUGCUGUGGGGGGAUGGGGUCUCAAUUGCUCGCUUCUUCAUCCGUGGGAUUGGGGAUGGGGUCUCAAUUGCAACCAAACCCUCUCACUUCUUCUGCUGUUGGGGGAUGAUGUAUCAAAUGCUCACUUCAUCUGUGGGGGUGGGAAUGGGGUCUAAUCCUAGACCCACCACUUCUUCAAAGAGGAGUUAUGUAAUCGUAGACCCACCCUAUCUCACUCUGCAUAUUGUGGGUACUAUGCCUAGUAUGGAGACAUCAAGUAUUCCCACAGUAGCGUUUCAGAGUCUGCCAUCCCUUGCGCAUAGUCCAGGUGGAACUCCUGCGCCGUACGCAUAUCAACCACCACUCCCUAUGCAACCAGCUGCUAUUGGACCACCCCCUAGGCGACCACAACGACCAACCACUAUGCUAGCACUGCCGCCACUACCACCAGUGUUGGACGACAGAGCAGGUCCUUCCAAUACGAAUCCGGACGAUGGUGCGGCUACUUCUGAUCGAUCUGUUAGGCCUCGGACAAUGGGGUAGAAAGUUAACUGUGAUAUGAAGACCCAGAGUUGGUAUCUUAAGUAUAGUCUAUAGAGGCAGCCUUUCGUUUUGUUGACGUUGGUUUCUUUAAGUAUAGCCUAUAUAGAGGCAACAUUUCGUUUUGUUGACGUUGGUGCCUAUGGAGGCUUUGAACCGAAAGUAUGUUAUUUUCUAUUUCGAAGCUAAAUUAAGAGACAUAAAUUGAAAGUUUAUUUUUCUAAUUUAUUUAUGAGUUUCCCUUCCUAA